AUGCAACUGCUACGACAUACCGCCCGCAUCGCUUUCCGGGGCUGCAACACCAACCUCACCAAUGGCAUCCAGUCUGGUGUCGGUGAAGCCGAGGGCGGCGUUGGCUAUUGCACCGUCGAAUUCGACUCUCCCGACGUCAUGAGCGGAGGACUGGGCAUGACCUACAUGAUCACUUCCAUCCCGACUCUGCUAAGCUUCGACAAUCAAGAGGCUCAAAUACAGACCAAGGUUCACGACGCCAAGAAGCUGACAGACCGCGCUUUCCUUGAAGAGUGGAUCCGGUCUGAGGCUCGGCGGCACGGCCAGCGCGGAGGAGGCGGGGGAUCCGGCGGCGUCUUUGGAGGACUGUUUGGCGGUUUCAAAUAA